UUAUUUCCUUAAAAAAUUGCAAGCCGAAAUUUCUAUGCCAAACAGAACCACAAGGAUGAGAUAGACAUCUGUUAUGUCUUUGAAUCGUCUUCUUCAUAAAAAGGCCUAAUGUUUUUUUCUUUUUAAAAAGAGCAGUCACAUAAAGAGAGCUCCAUAUCAGAUUGGUCCUAUGGCCACAAAGUUAUUAAUGAAGCCUCAAAUCACAGUUUCACAGCUGUCUCCUCCAUUACCAAACACCACUGAAAUGAUAAGAAGUAGUCUCUCAGCCACUAAUAUUAUUAAUAGUACAAGAAACUUUAACAAGAUGUCAAGAUUUGGGCAGAGGACCAUUUGUGCUGCAGAACAACAACAUGUUGAGGUUUCACAAUCUGCUUCACAAAUCAAGAUUCAACUCUAUGAUGCACUCCAAGGAAUUAACAGAGGAAUUUUUGGAGUAUCAUCUGAUAAGAAAUCUGAAAUUGAAGAGCUGGUCAAGCAACUAGAGUCUCAAAAUCCAAUUCCUGAACCAACCUUAUCUCUAGAUAAGGUUGCUGGAAGUUGGAGGCUUAUAUACAGUACUAUAAGCAUUUUAGGAUCAAAAAGAACAAAACUAGGAUUAAGAGAUUUUAUCACACUAGGGGAUUUAUAUCAGAAUAUUGAUAUUUCUGAGGGAAAAGCUGUGAACGUGAUCAAGUUUAAUGCCAGAGGAUUAAGUUUAUUGAAUGGAGAGCUAAGGAUUGAAGCCUCCUUCAAGAUUGCAUCCAAAUCAAGAGUUGACAUUUUCUACAACAAUUCUGCAAUAACACCAGACCAGUUGAUGAACGUGUUUAAGAAAAACUACGAUCUUCUUCUUGGCAUCUUCAACCCUGAAGGCUGGCUUGAAAUUACAUACGUUGAUGAGAAUUCGAGGAUAGGCAGAGAUGACAAGGGCAACAUUUUUGUCUUGGAGAGAUCACAGAAGGAUAAACUUUGAGAAUUAAUGAUGUAGACUUAAUUAGUUCCCAUGUCUUUUCCCUGUAUGUAAUAUGUAUAAAUCCCAAUACAUAUUUGCCUAACGUUUAUGCCGGAUCUUAAAAUUUGUCCAUUUAAUUCAUGGGUCCCACAAGAUUCUAGCUGUUGAAAUACAAUAAAACAUUUAUGCCUAAA